AAGCAACAAAGCGCACAGCACACGAACUGAGCACCCAGAAGCCCCCAAAGCUAUGGACAUGCCAACGCCCGACGUCGAGGGGUACAAGGCCGGGAACACGAUGGCCUGCCAUGGGCAGAGGGUGUCGCUGAUCGCGGCGAACACGCCGGCGGAAGAAGGCACCAGCACCCUCUUGCGCGCGUUUGCGUUUGAGGUAGCCGCGAAGGUUGGCGCCGAGUACUGCCAUCACGACACCGCUCCGGAGCCAAUGCCGAGCAUGGCCCUCGCUGCUGCGAAGAAGGCUGCGGCGGAGCAUCCGGGUUUGUGUGGGGUUCACCACGCUCACAUAAUAGCAGCCGUGCGGACCGAGGACGUGACAAGUCGAUCGGGCUUCACCGCUGCCAACAAGUUCCGCAACCAAGCGUGCUACGACGGGGGCAUGGCGAUGAAUACGCGUGGGAAGGGAGUGCAGCUGAAGAGAGCAGACUGCUUCACGCAUGCCUGCCGGGCAGUGUGGCCUGGAAAUGAGGAAAUGGAGGCCUCUGUGGCAUUUAGAGAAACUAAUAGAGGUGGUGUCAUCAUCCUUCGCAACACCUCCACAUGUUGGCGUGUUGCGUUCAUGUCUUGAACGUCGUGGAUGAAGGCCGACUGUUUCGUAUGAGGACCUGCGGCCGAAUGUAUGUCCGUUGUCCGUGCUUUCAUUUUGUCUUAUUUAUUUUUUAUGCCGCAGCACUGUCGUCGGGAGAUGCGCAUUGUUGUCGUGAUGAAAGUAUAUAUGUAUGCGGAUGUGGACGUGGGCUUUCCAAGAGGGGUGCCGAGAAACAACCGCCCUGUCUUGAUGUAUGCUUUGAUUUUUGAAAAAGAACACCGCGUGAUGCGUGCGUGAUCAGGAUGUGGAUGUGUAGGUACUACCUGAUCGGCAGCGCAUGAGGGUUGCAGCUGCACCGGUGGCUACACCCCGGUCUACAUAUACGGGCCCAAGAUUGUCGGACGACGUCGUAGUCUUGAUUCAUUAUUUGGCUUUUUUUGUUGCUUUGUUAGAGAGCGCUUGCCUGCGAGAGCGUUGGACUCUUUUGUUUGUUGUUAUGCCCGGCAAUUGACACCAGCGAUGCCUGGCGUAUAAUCUUUCUCGAAGUGUGCACCCUUGUGGGGUAGUUGGCCUGUGACCAUGGUAGACGUGCGCGUCACACGGGUACCGAUAUUAGAUGGCGCUGACCAGAGGCUGCCGCUGUUUUUUCAUGUGAAGAACAAGAAUAUGAACGACAGCAACGACAAAUUUCCUGGC